UCUCCGGGGGGAGGCCUGUCCCCGAGCGCCGCCAAUUCUCGCCGCGUCUCGCGAGAGUCCAAGUUGAAGGAACAUGGCGACGUCUAAUCUGUUAAAGAAUAAAGGUUCUCUCCAGUUUGAAGACAAGUGGGAUUUCAUGCGUCCAAUUGUUUUGAAGCUUUUACGCCAGGAAUCUGUAACAAAACAGCAGUGGUUUGAUCUGUUUUCGGAUGUGCAUGCAGUCUGUCUCUGGGACGAUAAAGGCUCCUCAAAAAUUCAUCAGGCUUUAAAAGAAGAUAUUCUUGAGUUUAUUAAGCAAGCACAAGCACGUGUACUGAGCCAUCAAGAUGACACAGCUUUGCUAAAGGCAUAUAUUGUUGAAUGGCGAAAAUUCUUCACACAGUGUGAUAUUUUACCAAAACCUUUUUGUCAACUAGAGGUUACUUUAUUGGGUAAACAAAGCAGCAAUAAAAAAUCAAAUAUGGAAGAUAGUAUUGUUCGAAAGCUCAUGCUUGAUACGUGGAAUGAGUCAAUUUUUUCAAACAUAAAAAACAGACUCCAGGAUAGCGCAAUGAAGCUGGUGCAUGCCGAGAGGUUAGGGGAAGCUUUUGAUUCUCAGCUGGUCAUAGGAGUUCGAGAGUCCUAUGUCAACCUUUGUUCUAAUCCUGAGGACAAGCUUCAGAUCUAUAGGGAUAAUUUUGAGAAGGCCUACUUGGACUCGACAGAGAGAUUUUAUAGAACACAGGCACCCUCAUAUUUACAGCAAAAUGGAGUGCAGAAUUACAUGAAAUAUGCAGAUGCUAAAUUAAAAGAAGAAGAAAAAAGAGCACUCCGUUACUUAGAAACAAGACGGGAAUGUAACUCUGUUGAAGCACUCAUGGAAUGCUGUGUAAAUGCGCUGGUGACCUCAUUUAAAGAGACUAUUUUAGCAGAAUGCCAAGGCAUGAUCAAGCGAAAUGAAACUGAAAAGUUACAUUUGAUGUUUUCAUUGAUGGACAAAGUUCCUAAUGGGAUAGAGCCAAUGUUGAAGGAUUUGGAGGAGCACAUCAUAAGUGCUGGCCUAGCAGACAUGGUGGCAGCUGCCGAAACCAUCACUACUGACUCUGAGAAGUAUGUGGAGCAAUUACUUACCCUGUUUAAUAGGUUCAGUAAACUCGUCAAAGAAGCUUUUCAAGAUGAUCCUCGUUUCCUUACUGCAAGAGAUAAGGCAUACAAAGCAGUUGUCAAUGAUGCUACCAUAUUUAAACUUGAAUUGCCUUUGAAGCAAAAAGGAGUGGGGUUGAAAACUCAGCCAGAAUCGAAAUGUCCUGAGUUGCUUGCCAAUUACUGUGACAUGUUGUUAAGGAAAACACCAUUAAGCAAAAAACUAACCUCUGAGGAGAUUGAAGCAAAGCUUAAAGAAGUGCUCUUGGUACUUAAAUAUGUACAAAACAAAGAUGUGUUUAUGAGGUAUCAUAAAGCUCAUCUUACCCGACGUCUCAUAUUGGACAUCUCUGCUGAUAGUGAGAUUGAAGAAAACAUGGUAGAAUGGCUAAGAGAAGUUGGUAUGCCAGCAGAUUAUGUGAACAAGCUUGCUAGAAUGUUCCAGGACAUAAAAGUAUCUGAAGACUUGAACCAAGCUUUUAAGGAAAUGCACAAAAAUAAUAAGUUGGCAUUACCAGCUGAUUCAGUUAAUAUAAAAAUUCUGAAUGCUGGUGCUUGGUCUAGAAGCUCUGAGAAAGUCUUCGUCUCACUUCCUACUGAACUGGAGGACUUGAUACCGGAAGUAGAAGAGUUUUACAAAAAAAAUCACAGCGGCAGAAAAUUACACUGGCAUCAUCUCAUGUCAAAUGGAAUUAUAACGUUUAAGAAUGAAGUAGGUCAGUAUGACCUGGAGGUGACCACGUUUCAGUUGGCUGUGUUGUUUGCAUGGAACCAAAGGCCCAGAGAGAAGAUCAGCUUUGAAAACCUAAAACUUGCAACAGAGCUCCCUGACGCAGAACUCAGAAGGACUCUAUGGUCUUUAGUAGCUUUUCCUAAGCUCAAGCGGCAAGUUUUGUUGUAUGAACCUCAAGUCAACUCACCCAAAGACUUUACAGAAGGCACCCUCUUCUCAGUGAACCAGGAGUUCAGCUUGAUAAAAAAUGCAAAAGUUCAGAAAAGGGGAAAGAUCAAUUUGAUUGGACGUUUGCAGCUUACUACAGAAAGAAUGAGAGAAGAAGAAAAUGAAGGGAUAGUUCAACUAAGGAUAUUAAGAACCCAGGAAGCCAUCAUACAGAUAAUGAAAAUGAGAAAGAAAAUUAGCAAUGCUCAGCUGCAGACUGAAUUAGUAGAAAUUUUGAAAAACAUGUUCUUACCGCAGAAGAAAAUGAUAAAAGAGCAAAUUGAAUGGCUAAUAGAGCACAAAUACAUCAGGAGAGAUGAGGCCGACAUCAACACCUUCAUAUACAUGGCGUAGCUGAGCGUGA